AUGCGCCCGUUACAGGAGGUUCCUGCGGCUCUGCAGAGUGGCGGCAAGUCAAAGCGCGCGCCCGCGUCCCGGAAGCCGCGGCAGUCGCGGUCGCAGCCGCCCACAAUAAUAUUCUGGGAACUGGACGAAGUACAAGGAUCGGACAGCGGCGGCGAGGACGCGCCCCCGGCGGCCGCCCCCGCCUCCGCCUCCGGGCCGGCCCCCACGGCGCCGCCGUCAGGCAGCGGGCAGGGGCAGGCGCGGCUGCGGCUGAACCCCAGCCUGGCCACGGACCCCGCGCUGCACCGGCCCUCGCCCGCAGAGGUCCAGCUGCUCGCCGCGCUGCCGCCCUCCGCCGCCGCCGCCGCCGCAGCCUACCACAGCGCGAUAGCGUCGAGCCCGUACUUCUGCCUGCCGCCGCCGCCGCUGCAGGACGCGCCGCCGCCCUCGCCGUCGCCACAGUUGCUGACGUCACGGGCCAAGGUGGACACGGCAGCAGCCGCGGUCGCCUCCGCACACGACGCGCCGCCCGCCCCGCGGCAAGUGCCUGUGUUCAUGUGCUCCCCGUGUGGCAUCCGCUUCAGCUCUUCCAGCACCCUGGAGGCACACCAGACCUACUACUGCUCGCACAGGCUCAAGAAUCUCAAAGGCCGAUCAGACAGUGACAGCGAGGAGGGCCGCGCGGCGCCGAGCGCGUGUGAGGGCGGCGCGCUGCAGGGCGACGAGAGCGUGGCGUCCGACGCCAGCCACGAGGGCGGCGCCGCGCCGCCCCAGGGCCCGGCGGCCAAGGCGGCGCGCACCGGCAAGCAGUACGCCUGCCCGCACUGCUCGUACAGCGCCGACAAGAAGGUCAGCCUCAACCGGCACAUGCGCAUGCAUUCGGCGUCGCCCGCGCCCGCCGCCGCCACCGCCGCCGCCGUCGCCACCGUCAACGGGGAGGUGCAGCCCGGGCUGGUGGACCGCUACUGCCAGGACUGCGACAUCCGCUUCUCGUCGGUGAAGACGUUCCGCGCGCACAAGAUGCACUACUGCAGCACGCGCCACGUCGUCAAGGGCCCCCCGCACCUGGGGCCGGCGGCCAAGGCGGCGGCGCCCGCUCCCGCCACAGCCGCCUCCUCGUCGACGGGCGAGUCCGCCCCCGCGUCGCCGGCGGACGGCGCCUCGCCGCCGCCUGGCCCCGCGCUGCCCGCCUCCCCGGGGGCGGCGUCGCCCGCCGUGGUGCCGGUGGGUGUUCCGGCGCCGGCGCCACCACAGCCCAUCCUGGCGCUGCCCACCAACCCCAUCCUGCUGGUGCCCUACUCGCUGUUCCAAGGCGCCAGCCUGCUGACGGGCCCGGCGGCGCUGGCCAUGGCACACCACGACAGUCCCUGCGUGCUGCUCGCCGACGGCACGCUGCAGCCACUGGCGCAGGGCAUCCUCUCGCAGCACCCCCAUCCCCACCCCCAGCCGCCCCCGCAGGUUCCGGCCGCCUCUCCCGCCGCGGCGCCCGCGGGCCACGCACCGACGUCACAGCCCACGCACAGGGACGACCCCACCACGGGCGGCGAACCCACCACCUCCACGCCUCCCAGGCAUCACCAGAGAGAAGGCUCCGAAGCGAGCGGUCCACUAGAUCUGAGCGUGCGGAGGGCAUUAUACGGCGGCGCCGACCAGCCGGUGGGGACGAGCGAAGGCGACGCGGCGGACGGCGACUGCGACGGCCGCGAGGAGGCGGCUGGCGCGACCGGCGUGGGCUGUGGGCCCUACCUGCUGUCCGCGUCGUCCGCGUCGACGACACCGUCGCCCGCGCCGUCGGCCGCCAGCCCGGCGCGCCGCGGUGACAGCCCCGGCGCCGUGGCCAGCCCCAAACAGCCGCCGCACGCUCCCUCCCCCAAGUCGCCCAGGCGCACCCCCAACGGCGUCGUCGCCGUCAAGCCGGAAGUCCUGGUGGCCAACCAGAAGCGCGUCAUCGUGUCUCCCACCCGCUCCCUCGGCUCGGACGGGCAGUCGGCCGACGAGGUGGCGCCGCCGCCGCCGCUCUCCUACCCCUCGCCGGUGAUAGCGCGGCGCGGCCUCGCGCCCUCCUCGUCGGCGUCUCCGUCGCUGGCGACUCCGCCGCCGCAGCCGGUGACGGCCGUGGCCAAGCUGCCACCGGUGCUGACGCCCCCCGCCGGGUCGCUGCCGCUGCUGGCGCCGGCGGUGCUGCCCGCGCUACCGCCGCACGUGCUCGUCAAGCAGGGCGUCUCCAAGUGUCGCGAGUGCAACAUCGUCUUCUGCAAGCACGAGAACUACGUGGCGCACAAGCGCCACUACUGCUCGGCGCGCCUCGAGGGCGGCGGCGCGGGCGCGUCGGCGGCGGCGGCGGGCUCCGGCGAGGAGGCGGGCACGCUGCUGCAGUUCAUCUGCGGAGCCUGCGGCAUCAAAUUCACCUCCCUCGACAACCUGAACGCGCACCAGGCCUACUACUGCCCCAAGCGCGCAGAGCUACCUGCCGCCAAGCCGCCCGAAGACAAGUUGGGCCGCAAGUGCCCCAAGUGCAAGGUGCUGGUGCCGGCAGAGCAGGUGGGGACGCACCAGUGCUGCGGCAGCGGCGCGGGGGCGGCUGGCGCGGGCGGCGGCGGGGGCGGCGCCGGCGCGGGCUGGAAGUGCCCCUGCUGCGAGGUGGUGAGCCCGACGGCGAGCGCCGCCCAGCGCCACAUGGACACGCACAGCGGCGUGCGCGCCUUCCGCUGCACCAUCUGCCGCUACAAGGGCAACACGCUGCGCGGCAUGCGCACCCACAUCCGCAUGCACUUCGAGAAGAGGACAGCCGACCUGCAGGAGGAGAAUUACAUCACGUGCAUCACUGGAGAGGACGCGGUGCACCAGCCGCAGCAACCGCAGCCGGGGGCGGCGCCGGCGCCAGCCCCCACCCCCGCUUCGGCGCCCGCCCCCGCGCCCACCUCGGCCACGGACGCUUACCCCGAGUCACCCAGCGACGGCGGCGACUCGGGCCGCAUCGACAAACUGCACUUCUGCGACGCUUGCAGCUACAACUCCUCCUACAAGGGCAACGUGGUGCGCCACUGCAAGCUGGUGCACAGCGGCCGGGCAGGUGUCGGCGUCGCGACUGCCGACGACGCCGCCUCGUCGUCGUCUUCGUCGUCGUCGUCGUCCUGCUCCUCCGCGGCGGACCGCAAGUCCGGCGGCGCGACGGCAGACGCGGCCGUGGCGGCCACGACGGUGGCGGCGGCCGCCGCGACGCCGAGGGCGGGCGCGGACGCCGACGCGUCGGUGGUGAAGCGCGAGCCCGCAGAGGGCGAGGGCGCCGUGUCCGCCGUCAAGACGGAGCCCGGCGCAGACGCCGCCGACGCCGAGGACGCCGCCGCCGGAGCGCCGGCCGAGGAGCACGGCGCAGCCGCCGAGGUCAACCUGGCCAGGCCCAAGUACUGCAAGUCGUGCGACAUCUCCUUCCAGUACCUCUCCACCUUCAUCGCGCACAAGAAGUACUACUGCUCCAGCCACGCGGCCGAAAACUCCGCCAACAACAGGACGACGGAGGCGUCCGUUCUGUAGGGAGGUCGCGAAAUCUCAUCCAAAUCACCUGUUACGUCGUCCUCGUAACAAUUCUCGUGUAAUUAUUUAUUCGUAAGUUGUGUGGAUUUGUCACACUGUGAUGACAUCUGUAGAUUUACGUCGUUGUUGGAAAUCGUGUUCGUGUACAUGUUCUGUAGUAAUCUAUUUUAACUGCCGGUGACUGUGGUGCCGUACAGACAGACAGGGUUCUGACACGUGUGAGAAAUAUUGUCGUACGUUAAAUGUUUUGCAUACAUAUAUAUAUAUAUAUAUUGUUUAGUACAAAUAAUUUUUUAAAAUAUUCUCAUUAGUCAAAUCUGAUACACGUGCACAAGGCAACUAAAAACUAUCUCAGCGAGCGCUCUUUUAAUUUUUAUUCUCAUUAGAUGAUUCAUAAUUUUCAUAAUGUCUUCCUUCAGUUAACUUUCGAGUUUAGAACUUGCCGGCUCCGUGAUAGAUUUAUGCUCUUGUUAAUACUAUUAAGACGUGAAGUUCUGUGAUAUAAAUGACAUACAGAAUAAACAGAAUGUAAAAUUAAAGUUACACAAGUCUGCGUCACUGGCAGAUAUUGGUGAAACAAUUUCGGAUGAGGACAUACGUAUGUACUGUGCAUAAAUGAAAAUUUGCCCCCUCAUGUUUUAAUAUGAAACAUGGAUUUUUUUUAGAUCCUUAGAUUCAUACAAUACUUGAAUCUCUCUGUUAUAGUGGUUUAGAAGAAAGUAACCAAUAAUGUAUUUUAACUGGGAAUAUUCCCCUCAUAGCAGCCUGACAACAUUUAAUGUAAAGAAACAAAUUCCUCUCACACUCUCUCUUACUCAUGGAAUCCCUAAUAAUAAACUUGAGAUUGUUAAUAUACAUAUAAAGUUUAUCACUACUGUGAAACUUAUGGUAUAAGAUGUUGUCUUGCUGAUUCAAGAACAGCUCUCAUCAAAACAUAAACCUCUAAGACUACCUAUAACAAAUGAAAUGAUUUUCAGAAGCAAGAAAACGUAUUUAUGGGGAAUAAAACACACUAUGAAAGUUUCUCUCUUAUUUACACAUUCAUGUUAGGAACUGGCUUUUGUCUUACAGCUUAACUGGGAAACAAUUAACAUUGUCAGAUAUGAUAGUGCAGAGAAUUAUACCAAAUCAAUCUCUAAAAUGAGAGAGUGGGACAGUAGUGCCUCACUUACUCUCAAUUUUGCUUCUGCCAGUAAAACUAAGCAAUUAUCAUACUUCCCACAAUAUUAAAAUAUGGCCAAAUAUAAUUCACAGUGAAACUGAACAUCUACAGUAAGUUCAGUACAGCCGAAGCAGACCUAAUUUAUCAUCUACAUGCAUUAUAAAAGCAAUCCACAGAUCUUGUAAGUUUCAACAAUCCUCAUCAUACACCAUUUCUAUAACAUAAUUCCUUCUGUAAUAGCACUGGUAUGUUUUAGGAUGAUAAAUACUCUAUUCCAAUGAUACUUCUCUUCUGCCAAUGAUAAAUUUAACUGUAUCUGGUAUGCCAAAAUAACACUCAGUUUUAAUGUUCGUUAUUUCAAAGAAUUUUUUGAGAUAUUCCUACAAGCUACCAUUUACAGUGACAAUAAUCUCUUGGGCCGUGAACUUAUAUUUGGAAACACAAAGCAUACUUGUGCCUUUGCACUGUAUAUAUGUAAGUAAAACAUCCCUGGUUUUGUUUUAUAGCUCUUAAAUACAUAAGUGCUAUACCUAGGAGGGCUGGGAGAACUCACUGAAACGAAAAUUUCAAUACUAAAGUGACACUAUUUGGACACAUUGAAAACAAUGAAAAUGAAUCUCUUGCGGGCAAUAUGCUAGUGUGGAAGUUUCAUUUAUUACAAUUUAACAAUUUUAUAUUGUCUUAACAGAUCAAAUGAAAUAUUGUUAUAAUGAGGCCAGUGAAUAUGUACAGGAGAUAAAACACUAGUAACUCUAAAUUACAGGCACUUUACUGUUGCAGCACAAGUAUAUUAAAUGACUCUGAGAUGACCGAUCUUAAGCCUAUGCUACCAAAUUUUCUGCAGUAAUGAAUGUAGUAAAUCUGAUGCAGUAUGAGUGAAAUUUUCACAACUGUAAUCAAUGCUACUGAAGACAAUUUUUAAACUAUGCAAGACUGAUAAAGAAAAAGCUUUUACCACAGCACAUCAGCACAUAUUUUUUCUCCACAAAAGAAUGAUUUAUAAGCCUCUUAAUGAUUAAGCAAAUGUCACACAAUUUAACAACUAUCUUCAGAAGGUUUUUUUGUCUUUUUUUUAAGAUAGCAGUUAUCGCAAAUGGAAAUACUACAUUGCAAGAGUGACAAGAAGAUAGACAUCUCUUUAGUUUUUCAACAUUCUUUCCAUAUUGACUAAUCCAAUUCUCAACCACUUUUCUCUCUCAGUGCAACAAAUUUACAAGUAUCCUGUUAUGACUACACAGUAUAUAAUGCUAUAGUUAGCGGAAAUAACUGGCAGAAAAUGCAAUGAAGCAGUAGAGGUACAGAUCACUGGCCAAAAUGCCGGUUAAAUACAGCUAUCAGAAACAUAAAAGAGCAUAUUUCAGUUUUCACUCCCAUCGCAUUUCUAUUGUAAUUUGAAGAGGAAAAUACUUGACUGCCAGAUUCUUUAAGUCAACAUUAUCUAUGAUUGAUUGAGAAGCUAUGAGUAAAAGUGUAUGUCAUAGUCCAUUCUAGAAUCUCAGGAUUAAAAUAUGUGAAAAAUCAUCUGUAAUGUGAGCACUAAAAACAGCAAUAAUCAUUACAAGCAUAAGGCAAUCAAAAAUUAGUUCCAAAUGUAAACUCAAAAAAAGUCUUUCUUUUCUUACUUAGAUACAUCUGACAGAUCUUAAAGCCAGUGUGUCUUAGAAAGUGAAUGUUCACCAAGUAUAAUAUUCAAAAAUUUACAGCAUAAAAAUCUGGUUUUAAUGCUGAAUUCAGUACCAAAGGCAACAGGAUAAUCAGAAAUUUUUCUGUGUUGAAAAAAACAUAAACACAGAACAGUGGCAUAAAAAUUUAUAAUUCCACUUACCAAAUCAGCAAAUCAUAAAUGAUUUUAUGUCUACUAUGCCUGAUAAGGUUCACACAAAUUACCUGAUUCAUAAAACCUUAGUAAUUAAAUUAAUUCAUUUUAUUGAUUGUAUAGGUAGUUAACCUGUGUCACUGUUGUUGAUCAGAUGUUAUCUUAAAUCACACUACCUACAAGCUGUUGUCUUCCAUUACAAACAGUUCAUGAUGUCAUUAAAUGUAACUAAAUAUUUUUACUUUGUAUUGUUAUUAUAAAUUUAUGUUGUUUCUAGAAACGAAGCUAAUCUCUCUUGCAUGUAUUUCACAUCAUUUACAUUAAUGCCUUAUCACAAGCAUAUUCCUCAAAGACUCAUGCAAAUAACAAGAGAAAAAUAUUAAGAUAUACAUCUAUGAUCUAUACCUAAAUUCAACAAUGAAUUUUGGAGUUCAUUUGACUGCAUUGAGGGUGAUAUCUCAGAUCUAUCUGUGUAGAAUAUAGAAAAUUUUUCCAUAUUAUUUGACAUAAACUUAUAUGUGUACACUUAUCGUGAAACAGUUGACUGUGAGGAUUAUUACAUGUGAAUGAAUGAAAUUGAAGCUAUUAUAAUAGGGAUUUGUUUUAAAAGGAAUGAAUAUUGUAUCUGUAGAAUGAGAUGUUUUGUAGGUUAUACAUGUCGAUGUGCAUGUGUGGCGUAUAUUUGUUCUAGAUUGUGUAAAUGCUGCCCCCUUGUUAAUGUAACAUUAUCCCCUUGCCAAAGGUUUAUAUGAGUUGAAAAAUAUAUGAAUUGAAAAAACACACCUUUGACUGUAAGCUUUGAAUCUUUUUGACUUUUUAUAUUUUGUGGAUAACCUUCAACAUAGUAGCUGUAUAGUAUGAUAGCUCUGUGUAAAGUUACUGUUUGUAAAUGAAAAUGUGUUAAAAACUGUUGGUGCUACAUAGGAAUUAUAGUAUCCAAUGCAGCUCGCACUCAUGCUGCCAGUCAUUGCGAGGAUAAAUCAGCCAUACCCGGAGACAAUAAAUUAUUUAUUUGUAA